AUGAGAAGGUUGACGUUAAGUCGUUGUCGUCAAGUCGUAAAGUUUACAGGUUUUCAUCCAAUACCUUUCUGGAAUCAUGUCACGGGGUGCCCAAGGGUGAAAUCAAAGGUGUAUUUAACACCCAAAAUAACUCAACAUCCGGGUUCCGUUUCAAAUAAAACUUACUAUAAUAUAGAGUUCCCAAAAGGUCAUAUUGCUAUAAAGAGUUUCAAUGCCGAGUUUGUCGAUGAAGAAGGGAAUCCUAUUUCCCUUAAAGAAACGUAUCUCCAUCAUUGGGCUGUAGUAAGAUACUAUCAACGAAAGGGUAAUAAAGAACCAAAAUAUAACAGUAAUCUAGGACUCCAUCAAUCAGAUUUGGUUGUUGCUAGGAAUGCUGGAGUAUGCAAUGGUGGUCUUUCCCAAUUUUUUGGUUUAGGAUCUGAAACACGAAAGACAGAUACACAUGUUCCUGAUCCUUAUGGAAUCGAAGUGGGUAACCCACUUGAAGUUCCUGCUGGAUAUGAAGAGAAAUGGAUGCUUAAUGUUCAUGCAAUCGACACUCGGGGUGCAGUAGAUGCUAUGGGUUGUGCUGAAUGCAGAUGUAGUUUGUAUAAUGUGACUGAGGAUAAAGAUGGUCAGCCUUUCAAACCAAAUUACGUGGGAGGUUUUUUCUGUUGCUAUGAUGGAACACAAUGCAAAGUGAAAAAUGGGCUUAAAAGUGUGAAAAGAAACAUUUACAUGAAGUAUAGUGUUGAGUGGGUUGAUUGGAGUGACUCCAUUGUACCCGUUAAAAUCUAUAUAUUUGAUGUGACUGAUAGUUGGCAGCACACAAGAAUCCAUGAUUGCUUGCUAGAGUAUGAUGUCGAACAAUGUGCCACUGGAGUUGCAACUAAUGAUUGCAUAAGUGCCAGAAGAUCAACUACAAGCAUCCAAUCUUCUGGUGAUGUGGUGUAUGGUGUUGCACACCUGCACAAUGGUGGGAUAGGUUCUGUACUAUAUGGGGAGGAUGGACGUGUUAUUUGCUCUUCUAGAGCUAUAUAUGGGGAAGGAAAUGAGGCAGGAGAUGAAGCUGGUUACAUGGUAGGAAUGACCACAUGUUACCCUAAACCAGGGUCUAUAAAGAUAGCAAAAGAUGAAGUUUUAACUUUGGAGUCUAGUUACAGCAGCCAAAAGAGCCAUAUAGGAGUUACGGGGUUCUUUUACAUUCUUGUUGCGAAAUCCUAGAGUCUUAUAAAACUUUAGCUAUUUACAAAUUUUACAUGACAUAUAAGCUUUUUAAUUCCCGCCAUUUAGGUUGUUCUUGUUUCAAGGUUGAUACAAGUGUAUUUUUAACUAUAUGCGAAAGCAUUGUAUAUAUGCAUACUAUUAGGGAUGAUCAUGGGACUGAACUGGUACCAAACUGGUUGGCACCGGUUUAUU